CUGCCUAAGACCUUCCAGGACGCAGUGCUCGUCACGCGCGCUCUGGGCUUGCGAUAUCUGCGGAUCGACUCGCUAUGCACGCUCCAAGACUCUCAUACUGACUGGGAGAGAGAGGCGUCUCGCAUGGCCUCUGUUUACAUGGAUGCUUACGUCACCAUCUCUGCUGCAGCUUCCAGCAACAGCGAUGGUGGCUUGUUCUUCAAGCGCGAGCCAACAGCCUGCAGUAUUUGA